UCUUCCGAAAAAAGUUACCAAUUGAUUUAGAAACCUAAUGAUUAAAUAUGGGGGAUGAUCAGGUAGCUUUUUUCCAAACGCGAUCAUCGAAGCAGUUCUUGACACGCAUCUCGCUGUACGACGGACCCUUCCACCGCCAAGCGUUGCAAGCAUUUCUGCAGGUCUUUCCAUUCGCGCAACCGUGCUUUGACCAUGGCGUCCGAAUUGGACAAGUGCAUGAGACCAACGACAACGUACUGCGUUUGGAUGUUGGACCCGUGCAUCAAUGUCGACAGCAGAAUGGCGUGGGUUUGAUCCGACAGCAGCACCUUCCACGCCACGUCGUCGAUGCCUUCCUGUCGUCCCCGUUGAACCAACGCACGGGCGAGAAACGAUAGCACUGCCGCGGCAAUGUCCUUGUGUUCUGCCAGGGCCGAGGGCUUUCCCAGCACGUCCACCAUGGCCGCCAAGCCGCCCGCCGCCGUGAUUUUGGCGGCCUGCUUGGACCGCUGCGCCAUACCAAAGAGCAUUUCCAAGGCCGACGUCGACCCGUGGUCCAACUUUCGGGCGGCUUGGAGCAGCUCUGGCACGUUCGCGGCGGCGGACUCGGACAAGGUGAGUUUCCGGUUGGCUUCAUCUGCCACUUUUGGGGCCUCCGCUCCCGUGGAAUGCCGGCGACGGUGCUUAGUAGUCGAAUCUUCCACAAGAGUCAGUUGGUCGAUGGCGACCGACGUGACGAUGCUCUUUCGCCGGGGCACCUUGUCGAUGGCUGGUCGAGGAGACAUUGGCGGGUGCAGCGUUGGCGCGUACAGAUCUGCGCUAAAGUCCUGAAACUUGAUGAACCCACCGCCUGUCAUGGCGGCCACGUAGAUGGGAAGGACCAUGAAGGACGACGGCGCCGAAUCUGCGACCGCUAAGGCGACUUCGUACUCGAGGAGGAGGUUGUCGGCGGUGUGGUCCACCGACUCAUCGCGACACUUGGCAAGGCCAGCGGUCGAGAGCAGCGCGACGAAGAGGCGGCUUUGGGUGAGACCGCGCAGGAACCCUUCUUUCCAAGGCUCGCCAGUCUUGAGGCUCAUCCGGUCGAGAAAUGGAUGGAGGUUGCGCGUCUUCAAAUGGAGGUAGAGUUUCUCCGCGACCGCCUUCUCGCUGGCCACGCGGUAGUUGAUAAAGCAGUCGUACGUUGAUAUACCAUCACAUUGAGACGGUGCGAUGGCGUUGCAAAUGGUGUCGAGAACUGUAGUGAGGUCGUCUGGAUCGAUCAAGUGCACGCCUUGGUACGCCAAGAGCCGGCCCAGCAGAAUGCUCGGUGGUUGAGUCACAUGGGUUGGUAUGGACGGACCCAACGUUGGAAAGCGAGGUGCAUUGGAGGGCGGAGUGUUCACAGGUUGUUUCAGCUUCGAAAGAUGCAUGCCCAACAGCUUACGGUGCGAUUUGCUCAGGAUGCCUACGUCCAUGAGCAGUGCGUCGAGGUCGCUGUCGGUCAAGAUGGCGAGUAUGCUGCCGUCGAUUCCGUUAUGAACAAAGAGGUCAGCAUAUCCCUUGUAGGCAUCUCCCAGCUGCGUGACCUGGCUCGCCACAUCCUGCGCGCUCAGCGUCUGCAAGGACGCACCUGCUCCCAUCGGUGGUGACAAGUCGGGCUCGAUGGAGAACUGAA